GGAGUCAUGGAUAUAUUUACAUGACUGAGGAUCAGUCUACAUGGUAUUUAAGUUUAAAUGUGCUGGUUGUAUUGGCUGGCGCACUGGUUAGUAGUCCUUGUAGUGAAUGGUUAGGAAGGAAGCGAAGUUUAAUGGUGAUGCAUGUCCUACAGAUCGUGUCAUGUAUUAUCAUGUUUUUUGGACAUACCUACCCUAUAGUACUAGCAGGCUGGUUGUUCAAUGGGUUCUCUGCAGGCUUUGGUGUCAUGCUGCCAUAUACUCUAACAAGUGAAAUAUCAACCAUUAAACUCAGAGGAGUUCUCGGAAAUUUGAACAAUCUUUGCCAAAGCUAUGGAAACCUGUUAGUUUACGGGAUAAACAUGAUAAUACCUCCGCAAUACUUGGUAUUUACCGGUAUUACUCUUUCUCUUCUCUUCCUAGUAUUAUCUCCUCUAAUCGCUUAUUCUCCACAUUGGUUAGUCAGAAAGGGAAAAAGGAAUGAAGCAGAAAAUAUGCUCAGGGUGUUGAGGGGAGCUGAAUAUAGCGGAAUAAAUCAGGAGAUAAAGGAAGUUUUAUCAGUUACUGAUAUUAACGUCAAUAAUAAGUCUUGUAUGGCGCGCUGGAAAUCUCGACAGUUUCUUAUUCCUUUAGGAAUUCUGCUAAUUAUGUUUGGAUCAAUUGGACUCUGCGGCCGAAGUGCACCUAUUACACACUAUGGACCAAGUAUGUUUGCUGAUUUUGGAUUCACUAUUUCAUAUCAAAUAAUCUUGCUUUUUAUUCCAAUAGGGACUGCAGUUGGAUAUACAGCUAGUGUGUUUAUUGCUAAAAAACUAAAAAUAAAAAUGCAAUUUACUAUGUCAGCUUGUAUCAUGAUAGUGGCUGCAGGGUUGAUCUCAUUAGCCUAUUAUCUAAAGGAGAAUUCUAGAGAGGAGGAACACCGCAAGCUUUCUUCUCAGUUAUUCUUUUCAUUUGGCGUGUUUGCUUUGACAUUAGGAUAUGGUGCAGGGUAUGGUAGUAUUACCUAUACUGCUAUUGGAGAACUGCUGUCCCCCGAGGAUAAGAGUUUAGGAAGUGCUAUAGUUGUGUCUACUAGAAUGAUAGUAACUACUGCUGCUCUUAAGGUGUAUCCAUAUGUUCUUGGGGUCAUCGGUUAUCCAAUUUUGUUCCUUGGUCAUGCCACUGUCAUCUUGCUAACAACAAUUUUUGUGUUCAAGUUUCUCCCAGAUACGGAUGACAAGAGUAUGUCGCAGAUUCAAGCUUUGUACAAGAAGAAACAAUAGAGACUCAUCUACAAUUGUUAAACCAUGAAUAAAUUCUAUUUAUAUUAAA